AUGACCUCCCCGGGCACCGACAGCCCGGGGAAGAGCCUGCAGUACCGCGUGGACCAUCUGCUGAGCGCCGUGGAGAGCGAGCUGCAGGCGGGCAGCGAGAAGGGCGACCCCACGGAGCGCGAGCUGCGCGUGGGCCUGGAGGAGGGCGAGCUGUGGCUGCGCUUCAAGGAGCUCACCAACGAGAUGAUCGUCACCAAAAACGGCAGGAGGAUGUUCCCGGUGCUGAAGGUGAACGUAUCCGGCCUGGACCCCAACGCCAUGUACUCCUUCCUGCUGGACUUCGUGGCGGCCGACAACCACCGCUGGAAGUACGUGAAUGGGGAGUGGGUGCCGGGGGGCAAGCCAGAGCCACAGGCACCCAGCUGCGUCUACAUCCACCCCGACUCCCCCAACUUCGGGGCGCACUGGAUGAAGGCACCUGUCUCCUUCAGCAAAGUCAAGCUCACCAACAAGCUCAAUGGAGGGGGCCAGAUCAUGUUGAACUCCUUACAUAAGUAUGAGCCUCGAAUCCACAUCGUGAGAGUUGGGGGUCCACAGCGUAUGAUCACCAGCCACUGCUUCCCGGAGACCCAGUUCAUCGCGGUGACCGCUUACCAAAACGAGGAGAUCACAGCUCUUAAAAUUAAAUACAAUCCAUUUGCAAAAGCUUUCCUCGACGCAAAGGAAAGAAGCGAUCACAAAGAUAUGACGGAAGAAGCGGGAGACAGCCAGCAGCCUGGGUACAGCCAAUGGGGCUGGCUGAUCCCCGGAACCAGUAGCCUGUGUCCACCCGCCACCCCCCACCCCCAGUUCGGAGGCCCCCUCUCGCUCCCCUCCACGCACGGCUGCGAAAGGUUCCCGGCCCUGAGGAGCCACCGGCCAGCCCCCUACCCCAGCCCGUACGCGCAUCGCAACAGCUCUCCAACCUAUUCCGACAGUUCAUCUGCAUGUCUGUCCAUGCUCCAGCCCCAUGACAACUGGUCCAGCCUUGGAAUGCCUGCCCACACCAGCAUGCUGCCCAUGGGUCCGAACGCUGGUCCUCCUGCGGGCUCCAGCCAGUACCCCAGCCUGUGGUCCGUGAGCAGCGGUGCCGUCGCCCCGGGCGCCCAGGCGGCGGGUGUGCCCAGCGGGCUGGGAGCCCAGUUCUUCCGAGGCUCCCCUGCCCACUCUACCCCCCUCGCCCACCCGGUCUCAGCGUCCUCCUCUUCGGGGUCCCCACUGUACGAGGGGGCCGCCACGGCCACAGACGUAGCCGACAGCCAGUAUGAUGCCUCCGCCCAGGCCCGCCUCCUGGCCUCGUGGACGGCCGUGUCACCCCCGUCCAUGUGA